AUGAAGACCAUCUUCGUAUCCAUUUUGUUCUCCGUUAUUGCGGCAGGCCUGUCGACGCAUCUCUCGGGUCGGCAAUCUACAGAAGACGAAAGCUCAAAAUAUGUACUUCCCGUAGGAUCCCCGGACUUCUAUAACGGACGAUCCAGUGCUGCAGUAACUUUUGAUCAACGCUCUGUCCUGUUGGACGGCAAGCGAGCCAUGAUCUUCUCCGGAGAGUUUCAUCCGUUCCGUUUACCGGCGCCAGAACUAUGGUACGAUGUGCUGGAGAAAUUCAAGGCAUCCGGAUUCAACGGGGUGUCUGUAUAUUGGCACUGGGGACUGUCGGCCCCGAAUGCAAAGGAAAUUAGGUUCACUGAUCACAACAAUCUGACGGCAUUCUACGAGGUUGCAAAGCAAGUUGGUAUCCUUGUCAUCGUUCGUCCCGGUCCUUACGUCAAUGCUGAGACAGCGGGCGGAGGCAUUCCCGCAUGGGUGUCGAACCUUCCUGGAUUGGCGAGGACCAAUGCGACGGACUACAAGGAAGCUUGGCUACCUUAUAUCGAACAGUUUUCGAGAGAAACUGCGCCGUACCAGUACCCGGAUGGCCCAGUCAUAGGUACCGGCCCUCUUGAAAAUGCGGGCGUCGCACUGAUGUACCUCUUACAAGCUGUUCAAAGUGAAAACGAAUACUUUACCAGCCAGUCUUUGGGAAUACCCGGUUUGAGCGAGCACAUGCAGGACAUUGAAGAUACAUAUCGAGCGAAUGGAUUAACGAAGAUACCCACAAUUCACAACGAUAAAAACGCCGGAGCGCAAUAUUCCGAGCCUGGCUUGGGGAAAGUUGACUUGUACGGAUGGGAUGGCUACCCUCUCGGAUUCGAUUGCGAUAAACCGGAAGUGUGGACCGAACUAUCGACUCGUGGUGCAUUCAACUAUUGGUCUGGCCCAAAUUACGACAACUGCUACAAGCUCAUUAACGAACAAUUCGCUAAUGUAUAUUACAAGAACAAUUAUGCGGCCGGGACAGCAAUUCAAAAUUUGUAUAUGACGUAUGGUGGAACGAAUUGGGGCAAUAUGCAUACGCAUACGAUAUACUCAAGUUACGACUACGGCGCUGCCAUUCGCGAAGACAGGACAUUGACGCCCAAAAUCGAUGAAUUGAAACUGCAAUCCUACUUCCUUCAUGCAUCGCCCGAUUACCUACUGGCUGGCCGUAUCGGCAAUGGUACCGUAGGUAGUGGCACUGCCUAUAGUGACUCUGCAGACAUCUACACUACCCAUCUUCAUUCUCCCGCAUCCGGGGCCAAUUUCUACUUUGUUCGACAGCUUACUAACACCAAGACUACCGAUACAGAUUUUAGUCUCAGAGUUAACACGACUAUCGGAAACGAGUUGUCUAUUCCUCGAGCCAACAGUCUUACUCUGGCAGGUAGAGAAUCUAAAAUCAUCGUUACGAAUUACCCAUUCGGAAGCUCUACUUUGAUUUAUUCAACGGCCGAGGUUAUGACUUGGGCCACUUUUGAUGGGGUUGAUACAAUAAUCGUGUAUGUCUUAGAAGGGCAGUAUGUGGAGAUAGCUCUUCGGGCCAGCUUCGCGCGCCCCAAAGUCACUCCAAAAGGAUCCUCGAGUGUUAGCACGAAGACCUCUGGUAAUAUUGUCACAGUGUCCGGUUCAGCCUCCGGGAUAUCCGUAUUGACGAUCGACAACAUUCGUUUGAUAAUUGCAGACAAGAAGACUGCUGGUGGCUUCUGGGUGACCCAUUUCUCUCUAGGAUACGGUCACGAUCACUAUGAUGUCUCUCCCGACGUGCCUUCGGUCUUCGUCCGAGGACCUUACCUUGUCCGUUCAGUGUCCCACCAUGGAUCGACUCUGAAUCUGAUCGGAGAUCUGAACGGUACAACGACGAUUGACGUGUUUGGUCCAUCCGUGUAUACCUCUCUGACGUGGAAUGGGCAGCCCAUCGCGGUGAAGCAAAGCGACAUUGGAAGCCUACGGGGCGUGAUUUCGUUCCCCGAUUACCUCAAUGAUGUGGAUAUACCUCGGAUGGAGGUGGUGGAUUGGAGAUGCGCUGACUCUCUACCGGAACUGGCCUUGGAUUUUGACGAUACUGCCUGGAUAGUGGCGAACAAAACGUCAACUAGAAGGCCGCAGCAACCGACGGCAGGAAAGUACGUUCUCUAUUCUAGCGAAUAUGGCUACCACGCUGGACAAUGGGUCUGGCGAGGACAUUUUUCAGGCAACGCCACCGGGGUUUCGCUCGACAUUCAAGGAGGCUUCUCUUUUGGUUACUCGGCUUUCCUCAAUGGACGUUUCUUGGGCUCAGGUCAAGGUUCUUCACACAGUCAAGACGGAGUCGACAUCUUAUCUCCCACAUACAAUUUCACGGUGAAUCAACUUGUCGAUGGUGACAAUGUCUUAACGAUUAUUCACGACUCUACGGGAAUGAAUCAGGAUUAUAAUAUUGACGAUGAAUUCAAAACGCCCCGAGGUAUCCGAGGUUAUACACUGCACUCAAACGACGGGUCAGACUUUACAGAGUGGAGGAUAGCCGGCAAUGUCGGCGGCGAAUUCGCUCCCGACUAUGUUCGAGGGCCAUAUAACGAAGGGGGUUGGUGGUUCGAACGUGUCGGUGCUCAUCUUCCCGGAUACGAGGCUUCUUCCUGGAAUAAGUCCUGCACGCCAUAUGAUGGUAUCUCAAAGGCUGGGGUAGCGGUCUACCGCACGACAUUUGAUCUUGAUAUCCCUCGCCUUUCCGACGUUCCGCUUGCUUUUGAUUUCGAGCUUGACUAUGUCAACCCUUAUCGAUUGCUGAUCUAUGUGAAUGGAUGGCAAUUUGGAAGGCUAGUUCAUAAAUCACGGAGACCGUCACCAUUACUUAAAUCUUUGCACAGGUUUCUUUCAUCUCUUGGACCCCAAGUCAGUUAUCCCAUUCCGGAGGGAAUCCUUAACCAUCACGGCACCAACGAGGUUCUGAUUUCGCUCUGGGCCUUGAAUAGCACUGGGGCGAAGCUUUCAAAGUUAGAGCUCAACAAGAGGGCGACACUUUCAUCCAGUAAGGCCGCUACAGUGAAUACCGUGAAUGCACCCGGUUGGGAUGAGCUCAGAGGAGGUCAGAGCACGACAGUUCUACGACGAAAGAAAGUAAAACCGGAGAGCCGUUGUAAUCCUAUGCCGCGCCAUGUACCGUGA